AUGAGCAAGCUUUCUUCCCCGCAACCCAGUUUGACUUGGACAGCCAAACAAAACAAAUUGUUCGAAAACGCUCUGGCAACAUAUGAUGAAGAAACCCCUGAUCGUUGGCACAAGAUAGCCAGGAUUGUUGGAGGGACGACUGAAGAGGAAGUGAAGAGGCAGUAUGAGAUCCUUCUAUCAGACAUCAAGCGCAUUGAGUCAGGCAAAGUUCCCCUUCCUAAGUAUAGGAAAGUUGGAGCAAGUAACAUCAGCAAUGAAGAAAAGAGGUAA